AUGUCUAAACUUUCACCUAGCCUCAAGGCAUUAAUCAAGGCCCCUGCUGCCCGGCCAUCCACCAUUCCUGCGCCAGCAAACAUAACCUCGGUCUACCAAAAGAUCCAACAGACCGCACAAUCCAAACAGCUCUCGCAGCCAUCAUGGGUCGCACUAUCAACUGCAGCAACGAUAACCAUGAACUCCCCUGAGUCCCUCGCAGCCCUCUACGAACUAGCCAGCACCAACCCGAACAAGCAAGUCGAGACGGCCGAGCUCAUGCGCGAGGUCGGUCUAAAAUGCAUUAGUUUCAACGGUAUCCCACGCACCAUAAACUGCCUCAACGCCUUGAAAGCCAGCCUUCCAGAUUCAGUCACCAGCCAGCUCUCCCGCACCCCCACCCGCAUCCCCACCCCGGAGAAUAUCACCGCGAUCAGCGAGCGCGGCCUUGCGCUCUGGAAUUCCAUCUAUCGGCCAUUCGAGAAGAAGCUAUUCAAUAAACUAGCUGACUCACACCCCGAUCUGCCGGUGCACAUCCUGUACAACAACUACGGCGCCCUGUUGUCUGAUCCUGAGCGUAGCACUGGCGCGUCCGUUGGGCGGAUCCUGACGUCUGUUGUUGCUGUCUCGUGCUUGCGCGCUCAGUCUGGCGUUGCACCCCAAGUCACCUCGCACUUGUUUGGGUUGCGCAAGGCGAUCGAGGAUGGCUCGUGGGCGACUGAUGUCGAGGGGGAAGAGGCUGCGCGCUGGUUGGCUAGCGAUGAGGGGAAUACGUGGAUUUUGGAUAGUGUCGAUGCCAUCGUUGAUGCUAUUAGCCAGGGCGCUGGAUCGAACUUUGCUCCUGGAAGCGCGAAGCUGUAA